AGCAAGUUAAAGUUCAAAGUUCAGACAUUACAGUGAAAAUAGGGUCCUCGCAGACUGGCAUCCUGUGUGCUAACAGGGAAAGGUAAACAACCCGGCGGGCACUGGACACGUUGACUAGUCGUUACCGCCCCGAAAACCGACAGAGGAAACCGAACAUGUCCCACAGUUAAUCGGCGGGCGCUCUGGCUUUUUGUUGUCGGUGGAUUUACAGAAGGACGGCUAGCUGGGUGCUAACGUUAGCACGCUAGCUUGCCAGGAGCAUAGAGACUGCUACUAGCUAGCCAACGUCUCUGCAAGGGUACUCUCUGAAGAAGGGCUGCAGCUAUGUUCGUCCAGGAAGAGAAGAUAUUCGCCGGCAAGGUGUUGAAAAUACACAUCUGCACCAUGGAUGGCACGGAGUGGCUGGAAGAGGUGACGGAAGACACCACUGUUGAGAAAGUAAAGGAGAAGUGCUUGAAACAUUACGUAUAUGGAAGUGUAGAAGACCCCAAAACACUCACCCACCAUAAACUUAUACACGCUGCUACAGAAAGAGUUCUCACCGACACUAAAACAGUCGCUGAUGAAAACCUCAAAGAUAAAGACGUUUUGCUGCUUAUAAAGAAAAGACCACCUCCUACCCCUCCAAAGAUGGCAGACAUUAGUACAGAAGAAAAGAAGAAACAAGAUAACAAAGCUCCAGACAAAGAUGCGAUCCUAAAAGCCACCACCAGCCUGUCCACACGCCACACUGACCGCACUGUUACCCAGCACAACAUUAGAGAUUUUCAAACAGAGCUCAGAAAAAUCCUGGUUUCUCUCAUUGAAGUUGCCCAGAAGCUUCUUGCCUUGAACCCUGAUGCUGUUGAACUCUUCAAAAAAGCCAAUGCAAUGUUGGAUGAAGAUGAAGAGGAUCGGGUGGAUGAAACGGCACUUCAGCAGCUCACUGAGAUGGGUUUCCCAGAGAGCAGGGCCAUCAAAGCUCUCAGACUGAAUCACAUGUCAGUGACCCAGGCCAUGGAGUGGCUGAUUGAACAUGUAGAUGACCCCACUGUAGACACGCCACUACCAGGCCAGGACUCCUCUGGGGCAGCAGGAGCCACAGCAGCUGCUACGCCAGGCCCUUCUACCUCUGCCUCAGCGUCAGCCUCAGCGUCAGCCUCAGCCCCGAGUCCUAAUCUUCUCCGCAGCCUCUCCAGCCAGUCGAGCACCGAUGAAAGCAACAGACAUGAUGAACUCACUGAGAUCUUCAAGAGGAUCCGCAGGAAACGGGAGUUCAGACCAGACUCAAGAGCUGUCAUUGCAUUGAUGGAGAUGGGCUUUGAUGAAAAGGAGGUGACUGAUGCUCUGAGAGUCAAUAAUAACCAACAGGAUGCUGCGUGUGAGUGGCUCCUGGGAGAUAGAAAGCCGUCUCCUGAAGAUCUAGACAAAGGCAUUGACACCAACAGCCCGCUGUUCCAAGCCAUUCUGGAGAAUCCAGUGGUCCAGUUGGGUCUAACCAAUCCCAAGACUCUGCUAGCUUUUGAAGACAUGCUGGAGAAUCCUCUCAACAGCGCCCAGUGGAUGAACGACCCCGAGACCGGCCCAGUCAUGCUCCAAAUAUCCAGAAUCUUCCAGACCCUCAAUCGCACAUAGAGCCUUCUGGUGACCCCUGUGUGUGACUGCGGCAGCAGUGUGUGUGUGCGUGUGUUUGCGUGUGUGCGUGAGAGUGGGUAUUUGUUUGUAUCUCGGUAGAGACACAAGUAUUGUUUUUGCCUUGGAAAGACAGAGCUGGCAGAGACAAAGUAGGAAAAAAGUGAUCUAUAUAUAUGUGUGUGUGUAUAUAUAUAUAUAUAUAUAU